CGCCCUGCAGGAUUGCUGGUAGCGUGGGGACCGCCAGUGCCCGCCAAUAGGAGUGCCGCCAUCAUUGCCAGGCGCCGUGCUCCACCACCCCACCGGCAAUCGGCAAAGCAAUGAAGCUGGUUGCCAAAGCCUGUUUGAGCGCACAGGGCACCAUCGUGGUGACCAUCGCCUUCGUGCUGGGCGCCCUGGUGUGCUACACCCUGCAGCAGCAGGCGGUGCUGCUGGGCGCCUCGGCCGCCCCGGUCGCCCUCCACCUCCUGCCCGGAGGCGGUGACCGCUUCCACCAGGUCCCCUGCCCCGCCCCGCACCCGCCCAACGCCACCCGCAGAAACCUGGUGUUUGCGGCGGUGGGGGACAGCUGGACGCCAGACAG